AUGGGCAUAAUAUCUCGCUUCAAUUCCCUGCCGCGGGCCUCUGAGGUCACACCAACACCCUCCCUCGGCCAGGUCACAGUUGACGAAAAGAAUGCUGCUCAUGAAACGACUCUGCAAGUUCCAUCGGACAACGAAAGCGAACAUCUACAGGGUGGGAUAAGAGAAGCAGAUGCCAUCACGAAGCUUUGGAGUUGGAAGCAUUUGGUCGCAGCCUACAUCCUGAUCUGGGUCAUCAAUUUCAUGCACGCCUUCUCCAGCGGUAUUGUAUCGACCCUAACGCCGUACGUCACGAGCACCUUUCAAUACCACUCCUUGACUGCGACUACUACGAUCGUAUCCUCCUUGAUCGGCGGGAUCAUCAAGCUGCCAUUCGCUAAGCUGAUUGACAUUUGGGGGCGCACACAAUGCUUUGGUCUUGGAAUUGGCUUCGUGACGCUCGGCCUCAUCCUCAUGGCGGCUUGCAACGAUGUGAAGACGUACGCUGCAGCACAAGUCUUCUACACGUGCGGUUACAACAUGAUCAGCUUUGUCAUGAACAUCUUCAUUGUGGACACGUCCACUCUGAGGAACCGUGCCCUCAUGUUCGCCCUCUCGGCAACCCCAUACCUUGCUACGAUGUGGGCAUAUGGACCGGCCGCCCAACACAUCAUCGCUCCAGGUGGAAUUGGCUUUCGAUGGGGCUUUGGGAUCUGGGCGAUCCUGUACCCUAUAUUCUGUGCUCCACUCUUCGGUCUUUUCUGGUACUAUCAUAUCCAGGCUAAGAAGGCUGGCAUGAUCUCACAACGAAAGGGAAACCGAACGUGGAAGGAAUCCUUCAUCUACUACGCCCGCGAAUUCGAUGUCAUCGGUCUCAUCUUACUCUCCGCCGGACUCGCGCUCUUCCUGCUACCGUUCAGCAUUUACUCGUAUCAGGCAGAACAGUGGCGCUCGCCGUUGAUCAUCUGUCUCAUCGUGUUUGGGGCACUACUGAUCGUCUGCUUUGCUCUCUAUGAGAAGUAUCUCGCUCCCGUUACCUUUGUUCCCUGGUCGCUGCUGAAGAACCGGACAGUGUUCUUCACUUUCGCCAUGGUGGGAUCUCUUUACACCGCCUGGUACAUCUGGGACAACUAUUUUUACUCAUUCCUGAUUGUGGUCUUCGAUCUCUCUGUUCAAGAUGCGACUUACAUCACAAACAUCUACACCAUUGGAAGCACAUUUUGGGCAGUCAUUGUGGGAAUCAUGUUCAGGUACUGGGGAAGGAUCAAGUGGCACGCAGUCUUGUUUGGUGCCCCCCUGACUCUACUGGGCAAUGCCUUGAUGAUUCCAUUCCGGCAGCCAAAUAGCCCCGUGGGGUUGAUUGUGCUUUGCCAGGUCUUCAUUGCCCUCGGCGGCGCGACCUUGGUCAUGUGCGAGCAGAUGACGGUUCAAGCCGUGUCGAAACGCAAGGACAUUCCAGCGCUGCUUGCGACGGAAGGCAUGGUCGCUCUCAUUGGUGGCUCCAUUGGUUCGACAAUCGCUGCAGCAAUGUGGACAGGAAUAUUCCCAGCGAAGCUUGCAAAGUACCUUCCCGCCGAUGCACAGUCGGCAUUGGCGAGCAUCUAUGCUGAUAUCACUGUUCAGUCGGGCUAUCCCGUCGGUUCGCCGACAAGGACUGGAAUCAACCAAGCUUAUGGCGAUACGCAGAAGUUGAUGCUGAUCGCAUCGUCCUGCCUCAAUGUUAUAACCUUGGCAAUGCCUAUGCUGUGGGAGGAUGUCAAUGUGCGGACACUUGAUCAGCAGGUAUCUGGUGUCGUUGUUUAG